UCUGAUCUUCCACUGCUAUUCAUUCCAACAACAAUUAAUCAAUCUCAAUAAAAACCGCCCACCAUGCCGAAAGAACCCCUCACCAAAAACCUCCAGUUCGAGAAAAAGAACAAGGACAUGGUUAAACUUCCAAAACACGCACGCAUCCAAAAACGCCCCAUCCCGCACCCCCCCAUCGCCUCCCCCUACGCCGGCUCCAGCAUCCCCAAAACCGUCUACGUAUCCACCUCCUCCCCCUUCAUGGCCUCCGUAAAACGCGUGCAGAAACUCCUCCGCCAGGCCGAAAAGCGCGCCACGGCCUCCGUGGAUCUCGCCAACGCGCGGAAGCGCAAUCAGCAGCGGCUGGCGCUGGUCGCCCCGCGCACGGGGGAGGAGGAUGGACAGGAGGGGCAGCAGGGGCAGAAGGGGAAGGGGAAGGAGGAGGUGUUUGUUAAGGCUACGGGGCGGGCGAUGGAGAAGGCGCUUGCUGUUGGGAAGUGGUUUGAGGAGAAGGGUGGGGAGGAGUUUGCUGUUAGGGUUAGUACGGGGAGUGUGCUUGUUGUUGAUGAUGUUGAGGAGGGUGAGGGGGGGAAAGGGGGGGGAAUGAUUCUGCUGGCGUGGAAGGAGAAGGAUACGAAGAAGAAAAGGAAACGCACUACCGAUACAGCAGCUGCAGCAGAAGACGCCGAGCUACCCGAGACGCGGACGCGAUGGGUCAACAUGGUUGAAGUCGCCGUGAGCCUCAAGUGAAGAAAGAAUACUCCAGCGAACUACCAACGAAAAAAAACCCAAGAAGCCUUUAUAAAUUGGCGCCUACCUAGCAUUGCAUGGCAUGGCAUGCUGUGGGCUGAGCCGCGACAGGAUCCACAUCGCAGUCCCAUCUGCAGCAACAGACGCGUGGCAGCGCUGCAUGUAUAUGGGUACGGACUGUUGAGCACCCACACACGCUUGGAUGACAGUUAAAGCGAUGGGGGAUAUUACCCGACCAUCAUUGUCUUUACUGUCUUGUCUAUACCCGUUGAGUAUAGUCUCAAAAGCACGACACAGCAUCAGCAUCCAUAGGUUGUCUACAGUCAGGACGACCGAUUGCAAGUGACCGGUGCAACACUCCAUCCACCCAGUCUAUACAGACGAUGUUAGGUAGC